AUGUCUGCUGGGAAGUAUGCGCGGCUGUUGGAGCCGCUGAAUUUGGGCUUCACGCAGGUGAAGAACCGCGUGCUGAUGGGGAGCAUGCACACGGGUCUGGAGAGCGGCCUGCUGCUGCCGUCUGGCCUCAAGGAGAUGGCUGCGUUCUUCGAGGCCCGUGCUCGCGGCGGUGUGGGGCUCAUGGUCACUGGCGGCAUUGCCCCAAACCGGGAGGGUCGCGUGUCCCCUUUUGCCUCCAAGCUCACCUACAAGUGGGAGGCCCGCCGCCACCGCGUCGUCACCGACGCCGUGCACAAAUACGACGCCAAAAUCUGCAUGCAGAUCCUCCACUCCGGCCGGUAUGCAUAUCACCCGCUGGCAGUGGCGCCAACGAAGCUGCGAUCCCCGAUUUCCUGGUUCACCCCGCGCGAGCUCUCAGAUAAGCAGGUCGAGCGCACCAUCGACGAUUACGUCCGGUGCGCGGAGCUCGCACGCCUUGGCGGCUAUGAUGGCGUCGAGGUUAUGGGCAGCGAAGGGUAUCUGAUCAAUCAGUUCCUGGUGGAGCGCACGAACCGGCGGAAGGACCGAUGGGGCGGCGCAUACGAAAACAGGAUGCGCUUUCCCCUCGAGAUUGUGCGACGCAUGCGCCAGAGACUCGGCGAGGACUUUAUCAUCAUCUUCCGGCUGAGCAUGCUCGAUCUUGUGGACAAGGGCAGCACCUGGGACGAAAUUGUCACGCUUGCAAAGGAGCUUGAGCGGGCCGGCGUGACGAUUCUCAACACGGGCAUUGGCUGGCACGAGGCGCGCAUCCCUACCAUCGCCCCCAUGGUGCCAAGGGCGGCGUUCACGUGGGUCACGCAGAAGUUGAAGAGCGAAGUCAGCAUCCCGCUCGUCACUGUCAACCGGAUCAACACGCCAGACGUCGCAGAACGGGUGCUGGCUGACGGGCAUGCGGAUAUGGUGUCGAUGGCGCGGCCGCUGCUCGCCGAUCCCGAUUUCGUGAACAAGGCGGCGCGGGGCGAGGCCGAUGAAAUCAACACGUGCAUCGCAUGCAACCAGGCCUGUCUCGACCACACCUUCCAGGCCAAGCGCGCAUCCUGCCUCGUCAACCCGCUGGCUGGCAACGAGCUGAAGCUUGCGCACGUGCACACCCCUGCGGCCACCCCCAAACGCGUCGCUGUUGUUGGCGCGGGUCCUGCUGGUCUCGCGUGUGCCGUCACCGCCGCCCGCCGCGGACACACCGUCACCCUCUUCGACGCAGCAGAACAGAUUGGCGGCCAGCUGAACAUGGCCAAGGAGGUACCUGGCAAGGAGGAGUUCAACGAGACACUGCGAUACUUCAGACGCAUGCUUCAAAAGCAUAACGUUGACGUCCACCUGAACCGCCACAUGACGGUCGAUGAGCUGCAGAACGGCGACUACGAUGAGGUUGUCGUGGCCACGGGCGUCCUCCCACGAAACAUCAAGCUCGAAGGUGCGAGCCAAGACAACGAGAAGGUCCUGAGUUACAUCGAUGUGCUCAAGUUCAAGCGGCCCGUCGGCGACACCGUCGCUGUCGUCGGCGCCGGUGAGUUGAUGUGA